AUGAAGCUACAGUAUCACCUGUUGUUAUUCACGUUCCUCCUAUCGGAAGACGUACUUUGUUAUAAAAGCAGUUAUGAAAAUGUAAAGGAUGGCUCUGAGGAAGCGAAGCAGGGGGGUUGUGCUGGAAGCGACUACCUAACCCAAGGUGGAAAAAAGGCAUUCUGGCCAUGGGGUGGAAACGAUAAAAAAGGAGAAGGAAACAAAAGUAGCAACCAGCAGGAAGGACUCCUGUCCUCGGUACUCGGCUCAGUCAAACGGUUACUCCUUUUUAAUGAUAAGGAAAUUGAAAAGAAUGUCCAAGGGAUCAGUGACAAUGUAACAGAAAUGAAGGAUGGGGUGGUAAAAAAUUCUUCCAACAUAGUUAAGCACGCAAGUAAGAUAAAAGACGAAUUACAAAAAAACACAGCCUACUGGGCCAACGUCGUUAAAACGACCGUCAGUGAGGAGCUGCAUCAGAUCGACCAGUUCAGCAAGGACCAGUUAGACAAACUGAGGAAGGAUCCUGAGAACAAAUUUUUUUUCACCAAACUGUUCAGUGGGGAUAGUGCGGCGGCGGAUACGUCCUCCCCCCACAAGGACAAGAAAACGAAAAAUGGAGAAGAAGGUGCUGUUGGGUCCAAGGGACCAAGUGGACAUAACGACCCUGAGGUGGAGAAGGAAGAAAAGGCGAAAUCGUUUUGGGACUUACUACACACAGGGGGUGGUAGUAAUGCAUCCCCCACAGCAAAUGGGAAGGAACCGAAUACCGGCUUCCUGCGCAUGUUUAAAGGGGAUACAACUAAACAGAACAACAUAGCAGAGAAGAAGGAAUCAUCCUUCCCGUGGUUUACUACACACUCCUCUGAAAGUAGUGCUUCCAGUGGGAAGAACACUCCCGAGGUGACAAAUACUAAUGCAACGAAGGGACAGAAGAAGUCGUUCCUGUCACACUUCACUUCAGAAACGGAGGAGAAAGUAAACUCGCCAAACGGAUCAGCCACACAGGAGAACCAUCCCAAUGAUCACACGGAAACGAACCAGGGAUUUACGUUUAACUUUUUCAAAAAGAAGGACAGCAAUCAGGAGUCCUCUUCGGGGCCCCACUCAGAGGAGGAUCACCAACAGAACGACUCACACCCAAAUGGUAAGGGAACCUUCUUCCAGUGGUUCAAUCCUCCCCCUAAGGGAGCAAACAAUAAUGACCAAUUACCGCAGAAGGAACAAUCCGGAGGAAUGACACAGGACUCGUUUAAGGGGUCCCAACAUGCAGAAGCGAAUGAUCAGGAGGAGGGAAAAAAAAAACCCUUCUCCCUUCUCAACAUGUGGAAGGCCACACAUAAAGAAAAAGAGGAAAAGCACCACGAUGAAGCGGAAACGGAUGUAGGAAGCAAGACGAGUGAAGUAUCCGAUGGGGACAGUUCGGAAGAAAAUACAAAGGGAAAGAGUUUUUUUUUUAACCCUUUUGGAGGGUUCAAGUCGGAUGGAAAGUCAUCCCACGGAGGAGCAACCAGCGCAGAAGGAAUUGCACACUCUGAGUUGAGUAAAGGGAACAGCUCCCUGGUUGACCUCAUGAAGAAUAUAUACGACGGAAAGAAUGAUGAAACGGGAGAAAAGGCGGAACAAAUUCUAUCCUUCAUGGAAACGGAGCAUGAGCACGAUGGGAAUACCAACUGCCACCCGUUGGUGUCCUUCAAGGCGUGUCUGAGCACAUGUUUCCAUGUACCUCCAGCGGUGGAAGGAGGCAGCAACGGUGAGACGAAUGAGAAGAAGAAGAAGAGUCUAUCCGCUGGUGACUACAAAAAGUUAGAGAAGUGUAUUUCCACAUGUAGGAACAAAAAUUUCACUGAGCGAACUCCUGGGUGCGCUACGAAAGACGGUUCCGUUAUUACUGGCGAGAAAAUAAAUUAUGAGGAGAAAUUGAAGGGUCUCGACAAGAGUAAUUACAACUUGGGGGUAGACUCCUCUGUGUUCUCCGAUUUGACCCUACAUGAUAAGUAUGCCCAAGGGAAGGAGAACCAAGCAGUGAAGACUCCUAACGGGGAGGUGGAUGCAUCUGGAAAGCAGCUCUCUGCUGCACAGACGGAGGUGCAAAGUGGUUCGCAUAAUUUCCCCACACUGUCGGACAACCAACUGGGCACUCACCUAUACAGUAUGGAUUCUAGCAAUAACAACAUAGGUGGACAUAAGAAGGAACCCACUAGCGGAAGUAACACCACGGCUGGGGAGAACUCCUUCAGUUUUUUUAAAGCCUUUGCACCUCAAACGGGUUCUACAUCUGAUGGUUCGAACACCCUGGGUGCAGCCAACCCGUUGGAUGAAUCUCAUGGGAAAAACAAAACUAGCACAGAUGGUGCAGCGGCGAAUUUAACUGCGGAAGGUGUGCACGGGGAGGACCUUGAAAGCGCAAAGCACCCAAGCGGCAAUGACGACGACAGUGACGAUGAUGAGGAAGAUUCGAACUUCUUCACCUACAUAUCGAAGGGAUUCUUCCUCCUCCUCCUGCUGGCUACCUUUUUUGUCUACCUCUCUGCCUUCACCAACAUAAUCACUCAGUUCUAUGUUUCAUUCAAGGAGAAGGUGUGCCUUUAUAUAAAGGGGCAGUAUAGGUCCCGUUUCGACCAGGCACAUGGAGAAUCCGCCGAGGCUUUCUUACCCAAGGGAAGUCAGAACUCCUACGGCAACACCUUCCAAGGGUCCUAUGACAACUUGUACCACGCCUUUCAUGACAACACCUGUGACGUGGCUUGA